UGUGUCAUUAUUCCUUUCACACUGUGAUCCACAAUAUUGUUUGUUACUAACGGUUUGUUUGUUGGUGCGUUGCAUGGUUUAGUGGAUUGUGCAGAGCAUGGCGCAGUGGGUAGGUUUCGGCGUGUCGGUGCGCUGCGGGUCCCCGCUGGGCUGCUACCAGGGCACCAUCCUGGCGGCGGACGGCGCCUCCAUCACGCUCACCAAACCGUUCCGGAAUGGAUUCCCUUAUCCCAAAGCUCAGGUUACGCUGAAAGCAUCAGAUAUAAAAUCCCUGGAGAUUAUCUCCGGCAAGACGUCAGGUGGCACGGCCCACAGCACAGUGCCAGUCGCGGGCAAGAAGCGAGUGCCCCGGGCAACGGUCGGAGAGAGCCUGCAGGAGCAGGCGCCGGCGCCUCCGCCUCCGCCGCCCGUGGCCAACAAGGGCAAGCCGGCGAGGAGCAAGCCUAUUGACAUUCAGGCUAAGAACAGGAGCAACACUCACGCUGGAAGCUACGGCGCCGGCGCCUCCGGGUCGACGCCCAAGGCCGGCGGGCGCGCGGCGGGCGGCGACAAGGCGCGCCGCCGCAACGAGGCCUGCUUCGGCUCGGCCGCGCUCGAAGCCGUCGACGAUGACUUCGACUUCGAGGGCAACUUGGCACUUUUUGAUAAAGAGGUGUUCGUUUGUUAUGUAGGCGCUGUGGCAACAGAUGCGUCCCGACGUGGUGCGCGUGGCGGCGGCGCGCGAGGAGCUGGCGGCGGCGGCGGGCGCGGGCGCGGGGGAGGGCGGAGGCAAGCUGCGCCACGACCAGAACGUGCUGCGCGGCGCCCCGCCCGACACCGCGCCCGUCGCCGUGCCGCCCGCGCUGCGGGGCGUCCGCGACUACGUCACCGACUCCGGCACCCGCCUGCCCAGCGUGUGCGCCGCGCUGCGCGCCCGCCUGUGGGCCGCGCUGCGCCGCACGGACGACGAGACGCAGCACGCGGCGCGGGCGCUGUACGCGCGCGCCGCCGCCGACGUGGCCUUGAAACUCGUCGGCGGGACGCGCAGACUGGACCCGCGCAACGCGCACCAGCGGCCUUGCGCGGGCGUGGCGGCGGGCAGCGGGCCGGCCGCCGCCGCCGCCGUGGCCGCGGCGCGCGUGCUGCGCGCGCACGGCGUCGACACCUACGUCGUGCCGCUCGACGACACGUGUCCGCUAGUGACGAGCGCGCUGACCGCGUACCGCCUGAGCGGGGGCCGCGUGCUCGCGGCCACGGAGCCUCGCCCCGCGGCGGACCUGCUGCUGCUCGCGCUGCACGACCCGGAGACCUCGACGCAGCACCCGAGCACUCCCCUCGUGCUGGCGUGGGCGUGCUCGUCGCGCGGCGCGCUGGUGGUGGUGGAGCCGGGCGGCGGGGAGAGCGAGGAGAGCGGGCAGUGGGAGGGCGUGCUGGUGGCGGCGCGCGCCGCGCUGGCCGCGCUGCUGCCCCCCGCACUCCCGGCCCCCGCGCCGCGCCUGCUGCUGGCCAACGUGGCGCCGCCCGCGCAGCUGUUCGCGGCGGCCGGCGUCGCCUACAGGUCGCCCUUCGGCGCCGCCUCCGUGCUGCCGCUGCAUCUCGCCGACGACGACGACUGAGCCGCUCCACGGGACGCUUCGUCGUGCGGGUCGGAGGAAGCUCAUCUUGUGUGCGUCUCGCUUACGAAAUAAAAUGUUUAUCCGUUUAGACUUCGAUGAGAGACCAAAUAUUGAGAUGACAAAUAUUAAAACAAAAAAAUGUGGCGCUCCAUCUAAAAACUGCGAUAUGAACAAAUUUAUAUUUAUUAUUUUAAACGAAAACGUGCACUUUCAAACGUGCGGACGACUUGUAUGAUGGAACGUCGCUAAUUAUUUCUAUGAAAAGAGACCCGGUUUCGUCGAUCGUAAAUGUGACCGACCCGGGUGCGUAGCCGCAUGGCACAAACGCUCACGAAACGAAACGCUCGUAAAUAUCCAUCGCUAUCGCUCUUGCGUAUUGGCGCGACAGAAUCAAACUAUACCUUUCGCGGCGUUUCGCGUCGCAGAAAUGCCAUUCGGCUACGGCACCUGUCAUUUAUUUUAAACAUAUUUUUUUAUCAAAAAGGAUGUAGUCGCUGACUGCAGUGGUCCUAUUUUAUUAUAUGGACAGGAGUUCUUGUAUUCCCCGAAGUAGGCGAACUGACACCUUCUUUUGUUAAUUUAAAGAUGUAAUUUUGAGUCUUUAUAACUAAAUAACAUCCUCUAAGGUAGCUUUCUUAAACCCACUGUACAAAAAUACGCAUUUCUAAUAAAAAAUACAAGUUCUGUGAUGCCAAAUGUUAUGAACUUAAACUAAAAAAAAAACUGAUAUUGUGAUAUUUAUAAUAAACCCGAGGUAUUUUCAUAUAGAGGUAUAUUUUCUCAGACAGCAAAAGGUUCUCAAAAAAGUUAAAUUUUAAGAUAAGGACACCAAAUAAGGAUUGUUGCUAUUUAUUCUUUCUAUGUUUAAUGAACUAUCAAUGUUGUAUACGGAAGUAAUAAAUCUAGAAGCACGCAAAAUUGCUGUAGACUUAUUUCGGUCUAACUGUAGUGUAAUAGAUGUAUUAUAGUAUAGUUGUAUUAUAGAUCCCACACUGGCUGCUCUAGGUAAAUGUUGUGUAAUAUGUAUAGCAGCCCAGUGUGGGAGCAGCAUUAGAUCGCCGUGCACAGCUCUCUUGAGGCCCGCCGUGCAAUACAAAGUACGAUGACGAUAAGAAUGAACUUUACUUUUAAUUUCUAUACCUUUUUGUUUUCCACAAACUUUUUCGAACUAAACUUGUCUAUUUGUGACUGCAUUUAUUUUGCAUAAUAUGAAUAUGACUGAUAAUGUUUUGUUAAAACUACUAUUAUUUGUAUAAUUCACAUCCAUAUUGUUUUUUUAAUACAUUUUGACUCUGC